AUGACAAGGCCAACGAUUAUUCGCGCUGACACGAUUGAUCUUCAAGCGCACGACGCACCACUUACCCAGGGAUAUCACAAGCCCGCCGCCGACGGGUUGCUGGCUCCUCACCAAGCCGAGACCCUUCACAAGAUCGCGACAGAGACGGCCGAAGAUCAGCUACACAGCCCUCGUCCCUCGUGGAACGGCGACGACGCUAAUCGCCAGCAGCAGCAGCAGCAGCAAAAUUACACUGCCGACCACCCCAUCAGCCGACCCAACGGCCAGCCAAACGGCGCCCACAACGCCAUGCAGACCGGUUCCCAGCAGGAUGCCCUGGCUAUCGCCCAGAAUGGCGGCAUCUCCGGCCACGAGGCUGACGACGGCGACCUUGAUGGCGAGACCGACGUCGAUAUGGACGAUGAUAUGAUGGACAAGAUUUCGAGUUCGCCCUCAAUUGAAGACGGUGGGUCUAUUUUCACCCUUCCGCGCGUUCGGUCGGACAGGUCCGACUAUGUUUCCCGGUUAGCCUCGGGCAGCCCCGAGGCUUUCCAUGUGCUCAGCUCAGCGAGGUCCUCUUCCCCGUACUUUGAUCAGCCUGAUCAUCUGCCGCUGAACCACCCUGUCCAGCAGGCGGGUGUGCUGUUUGCUGCAUCUCCUUGUCGUCAUCAUCAUCUCUACGGUGAGUUUGAACCGCACGACUCGGCCGACGAACCUCCAUUGAAUACCCUAGACGGGCCCACAGAGGACGACCUCUCCCCAGACAAUUUGUCUGUAAGCGUGGCCCAAGCUCGGGCGUCUGAUUUCAAAACUGGAGAAAAUACGAAAUAUAACCAGACAAUGCUCUCAUUACCAAAUCCACGGGCAUCAGACGACCGCAAGUCGGUGACGGAUCUUUCUGCGUCGCAGACCCUGCAAGACGACGAGAAUCAUGCCGAGGACAACAUAACCGACGAAGAUCAGGAUCACGGCGGAAUGACUAUAGCCUACGAAUCUGAUGAAGAUGAUGAUGGCGACUUUUCUAUCGUUGAUGAACCAAGAUUUCUCGACUCCGGCUGGGGUGGCGAAUGCUUACAAGACACAGAGGAUAUCGACUUUGAGUUUGUCUACGCCCUCCAUACUUUCGUUGCGACCGUCGAGGGGCAGGCGAACGCCACCAAGGGCGACACCAUGGUCUUGCUGGACGACAGCAACAGCUAUUGGUGGUUAGUUAGAAUUGUCAAAGACAGCAGCAUAGGUUAUCUGCCAGCGGAACACAUUGAAACGCCGACAGAGAGGCUGGCUCGACUGAACAAGCACCGGAACAUAGACCUGUCGGCCACUAUGCUUGGUGAUCAGGCAGAGAAAUCACGAAACCCUCUAAAGUCUGCCAUGAAGAGGAGGAAGGCCAAGACUGUCCAAUUUGCUGGAAACACAUAUGUCGACUACUCGGAUAAUGACUACUCGACUGAAGAAGAGGAUGUCGAAGCAGAGUAUUUUGCUCAACAGCAACAACUUGUACAGCAAUCGGCGCAAGCUGGUGCCGAGCAAGAGCUUGAUGAUGAAACGGCCAAAGUUGAACCGUUGAAGCCGAGGUCACAGCAAAAGGAGACCAAGAUAGAACUAACAAGACAAGAUGUCGGCGAGGCUGAUACUACGGCGGGCAAGGGCGGACUCCGAACCAGCGAGGAGAUAUUUGAGACUAAAGUCGCCGACGGGCCGAAGAAGACGAGCGACGGUACUGUUAGAGACUCGUUCUUCAAAGAUGACACUGUCGAGACCAAGAAAAUCACCCUGACUCCGAACCUCCUGCGCGAUGACAACGCGCUAAGAUCUUCAGGCGACUCUAGGGAGUUGAAGCAGCGCGUGAGUCUGGAUAAGUUGGAGAAAGACAGUCCAAGUAAGGAGGAAAGAAAAAAGAAGGACAAGAAGGAAAAAGAGAAGAAGCCAAGUGCGAUUCGGAGCUUCUUCUCCCGUAAAGAAAAGAAGGCUAGAGGAGAAGAAGAUGACGACUCAUUCGGCAAGCCGUCCAUGGAUGCCGACAUACAGGAUAGGGAGAUGGAUGAUGAGGAAGCACAAAUAUCACCCGAAAAGGGCCCUCAAAGGCAGUCCAGCAAGCUGCAGAAGCAACAGCCGCGCAUUGAACCGUCUCCUACGAGGAAGCCCAACCUCAGCUCUCCAAAAGAUUCUGGUAUGGAUAUUGUUGCUAUCUUAUCCGAAGGGAAAGUGAACAACGUGGCAAAUGUGCCUCCGGCUUCGAUGAGGAUAGUCAACCCGGGUAUCAAGGAAUCUCCGGAGGUGAGCGUUCAAGAGCAGAUUCUCAGCCAAGUUCGGUCACCAGACACGGGCAGGGUGGAAGACAGACCGGCGACGUCCAGAAAUACCCCGCCAAGGACGCUUAAUGAGGAAGACCGCCCUCAAAAGGCGAUACAGACGAAAUCGCGUGUGGAUAUGGCCGAUUUUGACUCGGAUGAGGACAUCACGCCUGAGCCAGGACACCAAGCACCAGGUACCCUUGAGUCCUCGAGGCAGCCAUAUCAACAACAACAAUACCAGUACCAGCAGACACGACAGCAGCCGCAGACGCAGCUGCAGCCACAGUUGCAACAGCAACCGAUUCAAGGCAAUUUUACAGACAACUACCAAGUCUCCCAACCCGCAUCGGGGGCAGCGCAACUGGGACGAGUUGCACCGGUCAACACAAUGCAACUCCAGCAGAAUGCGGAGCGGCUGUCCGAAUCGCCUGUUGAGGUGUCGCCGAUCAGUAAUCCACCGCCACUGAUGGGAGACACAUCGAGUCAGGAGGAGGACCAUUCGUCUACAAGAUCCACGCCUUCGCCAGAGCUGAUCGAGCACGACGAUGGGGACUUGGGCCACCAGGAUUCCAUAACAACGUCAACCUCGACCGCGACGGCACCUACUUGGAACGAUGUAAACCUCCGUGCCUUCUUUGACUCAGGAUCCGACAUCCGCGACCUACUCGUCGUGGUCUAUGACAAGACAGACGUUGAACCCGCUGGUUCCGACCACCCCGUCGCUGGAUCCCUUUUCAAGGAGCAGAAUGCAAAACUGGCCGAGAUAACAACACAACUUGAUAAUAUGCUUGGCGAUUGGCUGGCGCGCAAACAACGGCUAAGGGGCAGCGUUUGA